AAACAGCCAUUAGACAAAGUGACACAAGGAGGAUAAGAAUGGACCAAGUCAAAUACACCGGAACGCUUUUGCACAUUGAGGACAUGGGAUCGAGACGUUUGUCCAGGGAAGCGGUGAAAAAGCUGAUCUACCACUCUCAGGAGGCAAAGAAGCAAGCGUACUGCCCUUACAGCAAAUUUAGAGUGGGAGCAGCCCUCCUGACUGUUGACAACUGCUUGUUUACAGGUUGCAACGUGGAGAACGCGUGCUACAACUUGGGCGUAUGUGCGGAGAGGAACGCUAUUUCAAAAGCUGUUUCUGAAGGCUACACGACAUUCAAGGCCAUUGCAAUUGCUAGUGACUUGAGUGACCAAUUCAUCUCGCCAUGCGGUGGCUGCAGACAGUUCAUGAGAGAGUUCGGGCCAAGCUGGGACGUUUACCUGUCGAAGCCUGAUGGAUCGUACACGAAGAUGAGCGUCAACCAGCUGCUGCCGGCCUCGUUUGGUCCCGAAGAUCUGGACAUGAAAAAAGUCCUGGACAUCCCCAAUGAAUACUGAAACUUCUGUAAAGUUUGCAUUUAUAGCAUUUUUUUUGUAGGUUAGAAUUCUGUAGAUUAGGCUUGUUGCUCAAUAUUUCCUUUGUAUUUUAUUGUAGAUUAUGUAUAUAAAGCAAACAAUAAGUGCUUGUGUUCAUUAGAAACGGGACGCUACGUUUAAACUCGCGAUAUGAUGCACCUUGAUAUGCCAGGGUCACAAUAAAAAAUGUAAAAAAGCAAUUCAUUCAAACUUUUUGUUACAUUUUGUGGAUUUCGAGCUGUGAAAGAAUGUAAUCUAGUGCAAACUAAAUACAGUAGCUUCCACAAAA